UAGACCAUGUGGAGAGAAGAGAAAGAAGAAAGAACUCGUUUUAGGGAAAAACAAUCCAUUCCUUUAGUGGUAUAGUUAAGGAUGAUAACCUAGCAUCGAAAUCACAUUCUCCUUGUGCGCCUGGCUACUUGUGCCAGCCUGUAUGUGAACAUUAACCCAAAAGACUCCUUUAGAUGUCGUUGAACUAGUUACUAUAAAAAGGAUUUCACUUUCAAACUCCCACGUUUCAACCACAGAGAAAUUCAGUACAAAGGUAAUUUGAAGCAUGUGGAGGCCUAUCCAUAUUCAACUGCUGAGUGUGGAGAAUGAAAACGGACUGCGCGUUGUCUGGUCCACAUUUUAGCUUGUUUGCUUUGAAGAAUUUUUGAGGUGGAGAAAUAGAUGCUUCAGGCUCUGAUUUCAGCCCAUGCUGUGCUAUGCAAAUGUUCUCUACAUGCCUGAGUGACCUUUUGAGAAAGAGCCUUUGUGAUCUGUAGCCAGGGCUUGCUCUGGGAAUAGUGUGCCAGAUUCCUCCAAAAGUGGGAAAAGUGAAUCUGUUUAAAGACCAUUUAAAGAAGCCACUGCUUUUCCUGGCUAAAUACUGUUUCCCUGGAACUGGGCUCCCCAGACGCAGCGCUGGAACAGAUGGAUAAUGGAGACUGGGGCUAUAUGAUGACUGACCCAGUCACAUUAAAUGUAGGCGGACACCUGUACACAACGUCUCUCACCACAUUGACCCGAUACCCGGAUUCCAUGCUUGGAGCUAUGUUUGGGGGGGACUUCCCCACAGCUCGAGACCCUCAAGGCAAUUACUUCAUCGAUCGAGAUGGACCGCUUUUCAGAUACGUUCUCAACUUCUUAAGAACUUCAGAGUUGACCUUACCCCUGGAUUUUAAGGAAUUUGAUCUGCUUCGAAAAGAAGCAGACUUUUAUCAGAUUGAGCCCUUGAUUCAGUGUCUCAAUGACCCUAAGCCCUUGUAUCCUAUGGAUACUUUUGAAGAAGUUGUGGAAUUAUCUAGUACCCGGAAGCUUUCUAAGUACUCCAAUCCAGUAGCUGUCAUCAUAACCCAAUUAACCAUCACCACCAAGGUCCAUUCCUUACUAGAAGGUAUCUCAAACUAUUUUAUCAAGUGGAAUAAGCACAUGAUGGACACCAGAGACUGCCAGGUUUCCUUCACUUUUGGACCCUGUGAUUAUCACCAGGAAGUUUCUCUGCGGGUCCACCUGAUGGAAUAUAUCACAAAACAAGGCUUCACGAUCCGCAACACCCGGGUGCAUCACAUGAGUGAGCGGGCCAAUGAGAACACAGUGGAGCACAACUGGACUUUCUGUAGGCUGGCUCGGAAGACAGACGACUGAUCUCCAACCCCGUGGGAGUUCCUGGAAACUGACUCUCCAGGAGAUGUUUUUUUAAAUCACAGUGAGGGAUUUAAAAAAAUUUUUUUGGUAUUUAUUUGAAGACAUUGAGGACCAGAAGGAAGUUUUGUGCUUUAGCAGAAUCCUCUAUGUUUAUUCCCUUCUCCCUGAGUAUGCAUGUGCCUGUUCAGAGCCUCCAGAUAACUUUUUUAUAAAAAGAAGUCUGAAAAUUAUUAUGGUAUAUAAUCAACCCUUAACAGAGCUUUUUUUUAUUACAAUGCUAAAAUGAUUUCUGGUUUAAUGGUCCCUAACUCAACUAGAAGGCUAAAAAAUGUAGGAAUGAAAGAAUAAACAGAUUGAGUACUCAGGAUGCCUUUGACAAAAAUCAAAACAUCAUGUAGGGUGACCUAGUUUUCAAACCAAUAAGCAGUAUUGUAAUAUUAAAGGAAAACUGCUCCCGUCAUUUAAAAGUACUUGUUAAGUACUGCUUUUUACAGUUAUGACAACUGUUUCUUUCUAUGCAUAUAAAUCAAGCAACCAAAUAUCUGUAGCCAUGGAAAUGUCUGACUAGAAAUAUUUAUAUUGGAUUCUGAAUACAAAAUGUCCCUGUGGUAGAAAUCUUCGUAUGCCUGGUGCAGUAUAAUUCCCAAAUGUACUGUCUACCAGAAAAAAACUAAUAAAAAAUGAAAUAGAAAAA